GUUAACAAUAAUCAUUACCUAUAGUUCAUUAUGAUGUCAACUAAUAUAUAUGUAUAUCUAUAUAUCUAUCUAUCUAUAUAUAUAUAUAUAUAUAUAUGUAAGCAUGUAUGUAUAUCAUUGUGUAUUUAUAUAUGUCAAAAGUCAUUUUUAGAGGAUAUUAUAUAAGUUUUGAAAAACAAAACACAACAAAAUGAAUAAAUAAAUGUUAACUUUUUAGUUACUAACUUGGAAAUAAAAUACAUUUAUUUAAAGUAUUUUUAUUCUUUAAUUAAAUAAUCAUCACAAAUAAUAUGAUAUAAUACAUUGAUUACUCAAUUGAAGAAAUUUCAUUUUCAUUGAUUUUGUUUACUUUGAGAACAGUGUAAAAUAAUACACACACACACAUCGUCUUCUUCUUCAAUGUUCGCUUAUGAUAUUACUUCAUUUUACUUGAACUAUUGAAUAGUGUUUUAGGAUUCAACGAAUAAUUCAUUCAAUCAAUUCAUAACCAAUUAUUCAUUUAUUUUAGCCAUUCUUUUUGAAUGGCACUAACAAGUGUUGUAACUUCUUAUAAAGUCGGAAUGUCAGGUGAUAUCAUACCAAAUAAUUUCGAUAUGAUACCCUAUUCCACUUUUCAUACAGCUUUAUUACCACAUCCAAAUCCAUUAGGACCUGGAAAUCCAUCAAAUAUUUCAACAGGUUUAAUGCUUACAGCACAACAACCAACUGGACAAAAUCCUUAUUGUCCACCAAUUACUCUUACUAAUGGAUAUUAUACAAAUGUUAAUUAUCCACAUAAUGCAGAAUCAUUUUGUUAUGUACAACCAAAUGAUGCUAAUUCAAUAUUAAAUGCAUAUCAUACAUAUCCUACAUCAAUAAAUUUACCAUUACAAGCAACACAUAUAGCAUGUGAUAAGUUAUAUACAUCUAAUAAUCAUAUAAAUAGUAACAAUAAUAAUAAUAACAAUAAUAAUCAUAUUACAGCACAGAAUCCAUUACUUUCAACAAUAAAUACAAAUCAGAUUACUAUAAAUAAUAAUUAUAAUGAUAAAAAUGAAUUAAGCAAAAGAUUAGAAAUGAUAGCAGUUGAAAAAUCUAAUACAUUAUUAGAUGAAUCAUCACAAGGAAUAAUUGAUAAAUCAACUAUAUUAUCAUCAUUGUCAUCUACUUCCACAUCAACAACAACAACAAUAAUUACACAUGGUGAAAAUGAAAAUGUUCAACAGAAUACAUCAUUAUUAAUACUAAGAUUAUUGAUGUCUGGAAAAGAAGUUGGCAGUAUCAUCGGCAAAAGAGGAGAAAAUGUUAGAAAAUAUAGAGAAGAAAGUGGAGCCAGAAUUAAUAUAUCAGAUGGAUCUAGUCCAGAAAGAAUUGUCACUAUAACUGGAACAACAGAACAAAUUUAUGUUGCAUUUACGCUAAUGAGUCGUAAAUUUGAAGAUGAUUUUACACAAGGUUUAUUACGGAUGGGUGAUGAAACAGCCAACUGUCCUCCAGUGACCAUACGUUUAUUAGUUCCAGUAGCUCAAUGUGGUUCAAUAAUUGGUAAGGGAGGAUCUAAGAUUAAAGAUGUUCGUGAGUUAACUGGUGCAUCGAUUCAAGUUGCUAGUGAAGCUUUGCCGACAUCUACAGAAAGAACAGUUACAAUAUCAGGUACAGCUGAUGCAAUUUCUAAAUGUAUUCGAUUACUGUGUGAUAUAUUUUUAGAGUGCCCAAAUAAAGGUCCGGUCAUUCUUUAUCGACCAAAACCUGUGAUUGGUAAUCCAGGAUUAAUAUGUCCUGCUAGUACAUUUUCAUCUGGUUUACUACAUUCAAACUUGUCUGGACUUCCACUUUCAGUAUGCGAGAAUUCACAUGAAUCAGGAUAUACUACACCAAUGUUAACAUCAACCUCGUUAUUAUCUAACGAAGUGAACUCUGUUAGUCCAACUACUUUAAAUAGAACUUAUACAAAUCAGUUUGGGAUACCAUCUGGUAUUUUAUCUGGCGGAACUGGAGUAUCUGGUUCAUGUAAUGUUGGCUGUGGUGUUAAUAAUACAUCUAUUGUACCUAAUCUGCCUACAGCAAAUACUAUUCAAUCUCCUCUAACAGUAAUUGGUUCUGGUCGACCAGUUAAUCAAAUGUCAGAUCUUAUUUCAGAUCAAGUUCAUUUGUUUGCUACAUUGAAUCAAUUAGAUUUAGCUAACUUUCAAUCAUAUUUUUCAUCGAUUUUGGCUCCAUUACCAAAUACAAAUCCAAUUGCAACUGGUAUGCAUUCCAUUGGACAACCUUUGAAUAUGUCAGAAAUAGCUGUUACUCCUGGUAUACUUGGUUGUUAUCCAACUCCAACAGCUGCUACUUUACCAAUUGUUGGUUCACCUAAUAACUAUAUGUUUUCUUCACCUACAGCUCUUCUUAAAAUAUCAAAUAGACUGCCUGAAGAUCACUUUACAACAUCAACAUCUAAUAGUCUUAGUGAUAUAGUUGUUAAUCAAUCUGAUAUGUGCAUAAAUAAUAAUAGUAACAAUGCAUCGCCAAAUAAUUUAUCCAUCUGUAAUAGUUCAUUACCUGUUGACUCAAAUAAUAAUUAUACAACACUUUCAACUCCAAUAGAUCCUAUAAAAUCAAUUCGUGGUCUACAGAAUACAGCAUCUUUACUUGGUCUUCCAUCCUUGUCAAUCAAUACAAUUUUAAAUCCUCAACAACAAAAUUCAUUAUUUUCUUUGGCUAAUACAGAAGAGAGCAUUAUUGUCCGAGAGAUGAUUAUUUCUAAUGAUGUGAUUGGUUGUAUUAUUGGACGUGGUGGUACAACAAUCAAUGAAAUUAGAAACGCAUCUAAAGCACAAAUCAAAAUAUCCAACUGUGAAGAUGGUGCAAAAGAAAGAAAAAUAACAGUUUCUGGAAAGUUGGAUUCAGUAAAUUUAGCUCAAUUCCUUAUAAACAGCAGUAUUGCAAUACAUCGAGAAAUGUGGGCAUUUAAUGUUCGAUUAGCAUCAGCUGCAACUGCUUUAAUGACUAAAAAUAGUUUAAUUAUUAAUUCAUCAAAUAAACAUUCUGAAAAUAAUAAUAAUGAUAAAAUAUAUUUGUCACCAUUAAAGAAUAAUUGUGAACAUAUUGAUUAUAGUUUAUUUCAAUCAAAUAUUCCAGUGAAUGCUAUAAACACUUCACAAAUGAAUUCAUCUUCAAUAUUUUUAUUAAAAGAAAAUCUAUCACCUGAUUUACAUGAACAAACAAUGGAUUAUUUUCAACCAAUCUAUGAAGAUGAUAAUCAAUUAAGUUUAAAAUUUAAAUCUAGUCAUCGGUUAACAAGGAGAUCAAGAAUAAUACCUUAUUAAAGUUUGCUUUGUUUUUUGUUAAUCAUUAUUAAAUUUGCAUGUUAUGUAAUAAGAAUUGCAUUGCAUCCUGAUAUGAAAUUAAUGAUGAUUUGAUAAUAACAAUCAAUUGAUAUGUGAAUAGAUUUUAUUGUUUGUAAUUAAAAUAUUAUCUGCUUUUUCAUUACAUUUUGAAUGUAAUUAAAUUUUGUUAUUUCCGGUGUUUAAUUCGCACGAAUGCUGACUGCAUAUAAUAAUUAUUUUUUAACGUACACUACAUUAUAAACUACAUAAAAUUCAUUGAAAUCCAUUAUUGUUUCAUUGUUUUAUGGCGAUUUAUAACAGGGAUAAUAAUAAUAAUAAUAGUAAUAAAUAUAAUGUCUGAAAAAGGUACUCAUUAAUAUACAGAAAUAUUGCUAACCGUCGAUGAUACACAUUUAUCUUAACUUCACUAAUUGAAACAAACCAUUUCAGUGGUAAUUAAUAAAACAUAUCAAAAGAAAAAUCACUAUUUCCUGGUUUUGUCAUUGGGUACUCUCUUUAAUGUUUAUUUUAUUUUAUGGUAACAACUAUUGUUAAUAAUACUAAUAGUAAUAAUAAUAGUAAAAAAACUUAAUUUCAAAUUUAUUUUAUUUUAUUUCGCAUUACAAAAUGAUCCAUAUGUAUAAAAAAUUGUAUCUAAUUACAUCUAAAUAUAUAUAUACAUAUUGAUAUGAAAAAGGAUUUCCGCGGAAUUAUUGGCCGGUAUGAUUGCCUUUGUCAAUUAUUAACAUACAAUGGAAAUCUGAUACUAUCAUCUUUUAUUUACAGUAUCAUACGCAUAUAUAUAUAUAUAUAUAUAUAU